CCUCCUCCUCCUCCUGUCUCAGUGUCUCCUCCUCCUCCUGUUCCAGUAGCUCCUCCUCCUCCUUUCUCAGUGUCUCCUCCUUCUCCUGUUUCAGUAGCUCCUCCUCCUCCUGUCUCAGUAGCUCCUCCUGUCUCAGUGUCUCCUCCUCCUGUCUCAGUGUCUCCUCCUCCUCCUCCUGUCUCAGUGUCUCCUCCUCCUCCUCCUGUCUCAGUGUCUCCUCCUCCUCCUGUCUCAGUAGCUCCUCCUCCUCCUGUCUCAGUGUCUCCUCCUCCUCAUCCUCCUGUCUCAGUGUCUCCUCCUCCUCCUCCUGUCUCAGUAGCUCCUCCUGUCUCAGUGUCUCCUCCUCCUGUCUCAGUGUCUCCUCCUCCUCCUCCUGUCUCAGUGUCUCCUCCUCCUCCUCCUGUCUCAGUGUCUCCUCCUCCUCCUGUCUCAGUAGCUCCUCCUCCUCCUGUCUCAGUGUCUCCUCCUCCUCAUCCUCCUGUCUCAGUAGCUCCUCCU